UCUAUGCAUUCCAGAUAAUUUAAACUCAGAAAGGGAAAAUGGCUUCAUCAGAAGCAGAGGAAAAGCCUCCUGAGGUAAAGCCAUUUCAAGUGGAGAGACAGAGAGGAGAGCAAGCCGCUAAGCAAAAGAUCGUAAAAAGAAGCUGGAAGGAAUCAAAGAAGAUGUGGGCGAUAGCAGGCCCUGCCGUAUUGGUGUCAGUCUCUCAGUUUUCGAUUGGUUUUGUCACGGUUGCUUUUGCAGGUCACUUGGGAGAACUUGAACUAGCUGCUGUCACCGUAACAACAAAUGUGAUUGAAGGCUUUGUAUUUGGUAUCAUGUUAGGAAUGGGAAGUGCUCUGGAGACGCUAUGCGGUCAAGCUGUUGGUGCUGGACAACAUAAUAUGCUUGGAAUCUACCUGCAAAGGUCAUGGAUCAUUUCCGGAGUCACAGCUCUGUGUCUCAUGCCUUGUUAUAUUCUUGCAUCACCAAUACUAAAGCUACUUCGUCAAGACAAGGAUAUCUCAGAGCUUGCAGGAAAGUACUGCAGAAUGGUCAUUCCUCAAUUUUUUGCUUAUGCCAUGAACUUCCCUAUUCAAAAGUUUCUCCAAUCCCAGAGCAAAGUGUGGGUUAUGACCAUAAUUUCAGUUGUGGGCUUGGGAUGUCAUGUCUUGUUGAAUUGGGCUCUCGUGACGAAGCUACACCUUGGCCUACUAGGUGCUGCCAUGGCUGGCAAUAUUUCAUGGUGGCUUCAGGUAACUGCCAUGGUAAUUUAUGUGGUGUCAGGGUUUUUCCCGGAUUCAUGGAAUGGUCUUUCCCCGUUGGCUUUCAAGUCAUUGGGGGGUUUCAUGAAACUCUCGCUUGCAUCUGCUGUAAUGUUGUGCUUGGAGCUGUGGUACUAUACGGCUAUUAUUCUUAUGGUGGGAUAUUUAAAAAAUCCUACCAUUGCAGUAGAUGCUAUUUCAAUCUGCAUGAAUAUGCAACUUUGGACUUCAAUGGUUACUCUGGGUUUUAAUGCUGCAGUAAGCGUUCGGGUGUCCAAUGAACUUGGAGCUGGACAUCCCAAAGCCGCAAAAUUCUCUAUAGUGGUGGCUGUUUUAACAUCUUUAGUGGUUGGAAUUACUUUCACGGCUGCUGUUCUGGCAACCAAGCAUGAUUUCCCAAAGCUGUUCACUGACAAACCAGUGGUUAUAAAGGAGACAUCAAAGCUGGGGUAUUUUCUGGCAGCAACAAUCUUCCUCAACAGCAUUCUACCUGUUCUCCACGGGGUGGCAGUGGGAGCAGGCUGGCAGUUAUAUGUUGGCCUGAUCAACAUAGCUUGUUACUACAUAUUUGGGAUUCCUGCAGGAGCCUUGCUAGGUUUCAAAUUUAAGCUCGGGGUCCGAGGGAUUUGGUCGGGAAUGUUGGUGGGAACCGUCCUUCAGACCACCAUCCUGCUGUUUGUAAUGCUCCGAGCCAGCUGGCGUAAAGAGGCUGUGCAAGCUGAGGAACGUCUAAGAACAUGGGGUGGAUCAACUGAUCAGACUCCAGAAACUUCAUUAGAAUCCAGCGCCGGUUGAGUCAUUAUACGCAUUUACCAUUGCUAAUCGAGCUUCCCUAGCGAUAAAAAAUGAAGGAUGGAGGAAUGGAAAUUGAUACUCUAGUGCUGAAUAAGGUUACAGCGGACGUAUUCAUGUCUUUGUUUACGUUUUUACAGAAGAAGUGUUUUUUCAUGAAUAUUUUUUCAUUUUAAUUUUCAUGAAUUGAAGAAUUUUCAUUUUUUAUACUGCCAAUCGAGAAAAGCUUAGGCUUCGUUCUGAAUAUUCAAAGAUGCAUUAAUACCUCUUAAAUACAUGAGAUUAUAGGCCAAUCAUGGUUGUUAAA